GAAGCAUGGAGGGACUUAUGUAAUGUGUUUCAAACUUCGUCACUCCGUAAAGAAGAAGGAAGAAACCCCAAACCCUGAAAAUGUCGAUACAAUCGGAAUCAGUCGCCGAAGAAGAAGAAGUAGAAGAAGAAACCGGAUUCAAUCAGUUAGCUCAAAACCCUCCUGCUCCCGCUGACGAGUUAUUUGACAUAUCAACAACAGUUGAUCCUAGUUAUGUUAUAUCAUUGAUAAGGAAGCUUUUACCACCCACCAUGAAUAAUAAUGCCACUGCUUCUUCUGAUGACAAAAUCUUGGAAAACAAAUGUCACAUCAUGGAUGGUAGUAGUUCUAAUGACCAUGAAAAUAAUGCGACGGGUCCUUCGGUUGGAAUUGAUUCUUGGGAAGAACAUGGAUGCAUAUUAUGGGAUCUAGCAACAAGCAGAACCCAUGCUGAGUUCAUGGUUCAAAAUCUGGUUCUUGAAGUUAUUUUGGCUACUCUAAUGGUUUCCCAAUCACCCCGUGUCACGGAGAUUAGCCUUGGUAUAAUUGGGAACCUUGCUUGCCAUGAACUAUCACGGAAACAAAUUGCCAAUGUAAAAGGAUUAAUUGAAAUAAUCGUGGAUCAAUUAUUUGUAGAUGACACUCCUUGCCUAUGUGAAGAGUUUAGGUUGUUAACAUUAUGCCUCCAAGGUAGUGAGGGUGUAACUUGGGCUCACGUGUUGCAUUCUGAAAAUGUUCUGUCGCGUAUACUAUGGAUUGUAGAAAAUACAUUGAAUCCACAACUUAUAGAAAAGAGUGUAGGUUUUCUGUUAGCUAUAUUGGAAACCGAAGAUGACGUAAGAGCUCUUCUUCUCCCACACUUGGUGAAAUUAGGUCUUCCAAAUAUUUUAGUCAAUCUAUUGGCGUUUGAGAUUGGUAAACUGGAGGGAGACGAACGACUAUCUGAAAGGUACUGUGUUCUUGAUACGAUUCUUCGGGCUAUUGAAGUCCUCACUGUAAUUGACGGUUGUGCCCAAGAACUUUGUUCCAGUAGGAAACUUUUUAGUCUACUUGGCACUUUGAUAAAACUUACCGAUAAAACUGAGGUGGCGAACUCAUGUGUUACAGCUGCGGUUCUGAUUGCGAAUCUUUUAAGCGACUCUGAAGAUUUGAUUAUAGAGAUAAAUCAAGAUCUGGUUUUCUUGCGGGGUCUUCUGGAUAUCUUCCCUUUUGCUUCUGAUGACAUAGAAGCCAGAAACGCAUUAUGGGACGUAAUUUCGAGAUUCCUGGCUCAAUUUCAACAAGGGGAAAUGAACGCGAUAAGUCUUUAUAAAUAUAUAUCUAUUCUAGCGAGUAAAUCGGAUUUGAUAGAAGAAGAGCUCCUUGAUCACCAGUUAGCUUCUUCGAACAACGAUAAAACCACUUCUGCUAUACGAACCGCAGCUCUGAAAAGAAUUGACUUUAUUGCAAGUCAGUGGUUGACCACAAAGGACCGGGUCAGCCCUACCAAUGAAUAUGUGGUCAACGAACGAGAUCUUGAUAGGUUAAAGGACUGCUGUCGUAAAUAUAGCUAGAACCGAUCAAUUUUGGAACCAGUUGAUGAUUGAAGAUCCGAAUGUUCAUCAGAGAACAUGUUUAAUUUGAUUCUAUUGUAUCAAUUUGUAGGUGUUUACCUUAUGCUAUUUUUGGUGGUUCUUUUGUUCCAGAUCUGACGAGCUUGGCUUGUGCAUGUGCAUUGACGGUUGUACAUUGUUUUUGAUUCGGGAAUAGAAUAGGAGUAGACGUA